AUGCGGAUGCAGGCCGUUCUCGUAGUCCUGCACAAGAACAAGAGCAUCGCGCACUCUUUCAUCCAGGUGGAUCCCACCAAGAGAUUCGUUGCCGGUCCUAAGGCCGAAACCAAGGGCAAAGACGAGAACAUCACUUGCCACGGCAAUAGGGACCAACUGAUUCGGGAGGGCGCAAAGGCCAAGAAGGUCGAGGGAAAGACAGCCGAAGGCAAGAAAACCAUGGGAAAGGAGGCUGAGAGCUAG